AUGGCCGACGCUAGUGCCCCGGCCUCAUCCCCGCCCGAAUCCAAGCUCGACGCCGACCCGCCCACCGCCGACGCCUCCCCUGUCAAGCCCGACCCCAAAGUCUCGGUCUCCGUUACGGAGCCCGUCGCCAAACAGACCGUCUGCUCUAAGCACCCCACAAAAGAGCAAGAUCCCAACCGGUCCAAGAAAAAGAAAUCCAAUCGGAAGACGUCCUCCAUCGUCACCCCCAGCGAUGACAGUUCUUCGGAAUUAAACUCCACCUCCGACGAGUCCAGCCCGGACUCCGCGUCUGAUGACGAAGCCACCCAGACCUCCUCAUCCGACUCCGCGUCGGAUCGCAAGCAGCGCCGCCGACGGGCCAAGAACAAGGCGAAGAAGGCUCUCAAAGGUGGCAGAAAGAAGAAGAGCCGGUCGCAUCAGACCGACUCGGAUUCUUCUGCCGAUGACGAUGACAGCAACGACACCGACUCCACACUUGAUGAGAAGACCCUGAAAAAGCUAGUCGCCAAGCUCAAGGCGAAGAAGAACGCAAAGUCGCGGUCCAAGCAAGACUCGUCUGAGGAGCAGCCAGAUGAGGAUGAAGAUGACGACGACGACGACGCGGAUGCGGACGAGUUGGCGCUCUUGCUGGCCAAGCAGAAAUUGGCCGCCUUACGGGUCAAGCUCGCCGACGGGCGUCGGAAAGGUCGGAGCAAGCGUGGCUCGGGUGAUGGACAUACGGAAGGUCAGAAAGGGAGCUCGCAAAAGUCCAAGGGUCGGAAGAAGGCGGCCUCGAAGAUUGCUUUUAAGCGAGUCGAUCAAUUGUGGGACAACACGAUCCACAACUUCAAGCUGACCGAGACGGUCGACGACCCUGACGCAAAUGAGUGGGACCAAUACCUUUUCACGGUACGCCGCAAGUUCGACUGGGACAACAAGUAUCUGGAGACCGUGGUGGACCUGAAAAGCAAAUACCUCCGCGAUGCGCUGGCCAAGGUCAUGGACGGAGUCAAGGGCGUCAGCUUGGUGCAGGAGACAGCGGUCGUCGAUCCGAACAUGCUCUUCCUGUAUUUGGAGGAGACGCGGCAAUACAUGAAAGAUCUUAGGCAGCUAGCCAAGACAGAAAAGAAGAAAAAAGCCCGAAAAGUUGCCGAGCUCAAGGCGUCGCAUCUGAAGGUGCUCAUUAAGUAUCUGGACACGGAUUAUGCCGAAACUAAAAAGACCCUGUACCCGCUGCUGGACGCCAACAUGAUCACCUUCGAUCUCCUGUGGGCCAUCUUCAAGCCCAACACCGUGGCGUACUCCUCCACGUACGGCAACCAGGACGAGCCGCGCGCGUUCAAGAUUGAGUACGCCACCAAGGAGUCCUCAUUCAUGAAGGGCCAGUGGUACAGCAUCGAGGGCCGCUAUCUCGAGUACGAUGGUAAGGCCUUUGGCAUGGGCACCAUGGCUGCCGAGGUCGAGUCCUUUAAGGGCGCCCGCAAGAUUACCAGUCUCGGCUGCUAUCCACUCAAGUACCAUCGCGAGGCGGAGAGCGUCAAAACGAAGCUGAUUGAACGGGGUAAGAAGUUCGUGGCGUUACGAGGCAUGAACUACCGGUUCCACAAGGGCAUGGGCUUCUACAAGAAGAAGCGGUCCGUCAUUAAGGUGAACAUUAACGGCCGGGUGAUGAUCGAUCCCGCCAUCCACCGGCGCAUCAACCCCAAUUACCCCAUCAGCACUGUCCGUCCUAAGGACCCCGACUAUCUUGACGCCUCCGACAAUGACGGCAGCGAUGAUGGGUGCUGUUGCGCCAUGUCCGGCUCGGAUUCCGACCAGGCCUAUGGGCAACCGCGCGACUCGGAUGCCCCCCGAGUCCGGUAUAAGGUGGUGCGUGACAAGGAGGGCAAGCCGCAUGUCGUUGAGGUUGAGUUGGAUGAGAACGGCAACGAGAUCCGCAAGGAGGAUAUGGACGAGGUCGAGGAUCCCUCCGACCGCGAGUUCACCGAAGAGGAGCUUCUCAUCGCCAGUCCAGUAGUGCUCGGCUUCGCCUUUAGCGAGAAGCUAUGGCUCGAGUUUAGUAUCUCUGGCAUUAGCGAGAUCGACUGGAACGAGGAUGCCUUUGACUCGCUUGUCCUCCCGGACAACCAGAAAUCCAUCGUCAAGGCCCUCGUCGAGUCCCACACCUUCCGCGCCGCCCAGAACAUCGACGACGUCAUUCAAGGCAAGGGCAAGGGCCUGGUCGCCGUGCUCCAUGGGCCCCCAGGAACCGGAAAGACCUUGACAGCUGAAGGCAUUGCUGAGCUGCUCAAGCGCCCACUCUACAUGGUCAGCGCUGGCGAGCUGGGUACCGAUUCGCGCACCCUCGAGGCGGAGCUGAAUAAGAUCCUCGAUAUUGCCCAUUCCUGGGGCGCCGUGCUGCUCCUCGACGAGGCGGACAUCUUCCUCGAGAAGCGCACAAUCCAGGACAUCCACCGCAACGCCCUGGUCAGCAUCUUCCUGCGGCUUCUCGAGUACUUCCAGGGGAUUCUAUUCCUGACCACCAAUCGCGUUGAGACCUUCGACGACGCCUUCCAAUCCCGCAUUCACGUCGCCUUGCGCUACGGUGACCUCACCACCAAGGCGAAGCGGAGUGUUUGGAAGAUGUUCCUGGAGCGUGUUCAGGCCAAGGAGGGCGUGCAGACCGCCACGUUCACCGAAAAGGACUUUGAUUUGCUGGCUCGACAUAAUCUCAACGGACGUCAGAUCAAAAACUCCGUCCGCACCGCCCAAGCACUCGCCGUGAACGAACAAACUCCUCUCUCCAUGGAGCACAUCAAACGCGUUCUCGAGGUUGCAGAGACCUUCGACCACGACCUCCGUGGAGGAACUGGCUACCUUGACGCAAUGAGGAGUUAUACCUAG